AUGUUAAUUAACCGGGUAAAGGAUAACAUCAACAGCCUCAGCAACUACAAACAAACAGUCAAACAAUCAAUUCAAAGGAUAUUUGAAGUCACUUUGAAAAGUAUCAGAGUUUACUUAGAGUCUUCAUUAUCAUGUAUGAAGAUAUUUGAGGAAGAUUUAUUAAUAAGUUAUAAUACCAACAUACGUAAAUAUAUAUGUGGUUUGUGUGUGGAAAAACGUGCUUUUCCAUUAUAUCUGCAAGGAGUUGUUACAAAAUGUCAAGGUAGGAGAUACAUGAAACCACAAUUGCAAUGGUUAAGCAAACUCAAAUACAUAAGUUUAAGUCAACACCUAAUAUGCGAUUAUGUAAAUAUGGAAAUGCAUGGAUUGAUUGAAAAUGCUUUUGGUGAAGGCUCACCAUGUGGGAUUCUCAUUUCUAAAAAAAUUCGCUUUGUAAAUCAUCAGAACAAGGAGGAGUGA